GACAGGUAUGACCAGUUUGUAUGAGGAAAUAAAAUAGUUUAUACUGUUUUCCAUGCAAAUUCUUCAUAUUUUCUCACCACUUAAACCUUCCUUAAACUUCUACAAAUGUUUCAAAACCAAAAUUAAAUACCCAGUCAUGCCAUUUGAAAGAGUCUGGGAUGCGUCAUGCCCACAUGUGUGGGACCGCUGGGAAUCUGAUGGCACCAGCUGGAUUAUACAGGAUCUGCCACCUGAAGAUGAUGAGGAAGCACUGGAUAUCCUGCUGAAACAUCUGUGUACUGAUGAAGUUUUGUGUGCACUAAAUGAUUUAGUCAACGACCCAGAAAGCAUACGCGGUGCGUCGGAUCUAUGGCGAAGUUCCUUCAAAAAACGAACUACUCUCGCUUGUUAUGCGGAGUCAGGUGGCAAGAGGAAACUGGUGGCAGUCAAUGUAUGCUCCGUAAAGGAGAAGGAGGAUGACGCCAAGCUCGAGCUUGAAGGACAAAAAUGGAUUAAUGUAUAUAAAGUACUUGAGUAUAUGGAAGAGAAAAUUGAUGGCUUCGAGUACUUAGGCCUGGACAAAGCACUUUCGGCCCUAGGACUUGUAGUUCAUAGAGAUUAUAGAGGAAAGAAGCUUGGGGCCAAACUCUUAGCUGCAAGAGAGCCACUAUGCCGCCACCUAGGUAUAAAAGGUACGGUAACAAUAUUCACCGGGGUCGCAGCACAAAAGUCGGCGGAAAGUUGCGGCUUCACAACAAUAUUAGAGAUGACCGUUAAGGAUUUCGCAGAUAUCGGAAUGGACUAUCCGAAGAAUGACCUCAGACUAAUCAAAUACAUGGUCAAAAAGUAUGAUUGAAACUUUAAUAAAUAGCAUACUUGUUGCAUACCCCGAGAUUGGCUGCGUGAGAUACAGGUUGUAUGUAUUUCAUGUAAUAAUACAGGUGCAUAUUCCUGCUACAGACAUUAUUAUGCCUAAAGGAAAACUCCAAUAUAUAAUAUAGAUAGCACAUAAA